UACAUUUUUGUACACGCUAACUGACGUUUGUCGUCACCAAUGGGAAUCAACCAUUUGAGAAGCCCUGCCCCAUCUUCAAUAAACGCAGGUAAGAUUUACAAAAAUAAUUAAAACGAAGUUUUCAUCAAAAUCAAACAAAUUUUAUUAUGAAUACAUAAAAUAUUCAGUACAUUGUAAAUUGUCAUUAUGUUACAAAACAUAACGUAAAAGAAUGUAGAAUAUAAAAAGUAAAGAAGUCAAUUUUGCACAAGCUGAAUGGAGUCUGUCAUAACCAAUAGGAAUCGACCGUUCGGAGAAGCCCCGCCCCUUUCCAAACUAACAUGGCGGCUGCUACAUUCAUUCCUGCGUACUAGUUACCGUGGCAGUGUGCGGUUUAGGACACAACCAACCGCUAAAGAAGGGAACUUUCUGUCGUACAGAGGGUGGCGAAAAUGCGUGUGCUGAGCUCCGUGCUUCCCCCGCGGGUCCGAGCCUCUCUCCUCGCCCUGAACAGGACGGCUUCAUCAGGGAGCAUGCAGAUAACAGAAUCGCUAAACUUCUGGGGCGGAAACAGAGUCAGUCUCGAGGGUGAGAUCGGAUCAGAGCCGGUCUACGAGCCUGCGACAGGUCGCGUGUUAUGCCAGCUGCAGCCUUGCCGAGCAGCGCAGGUCGACGAGGCCAUAAACAGUGCCCGCUCCGCUUUCACACACUGGAGUAAGAUGGCUGGGAUGGAGCGAGCCAGGAUCAUGCUGGAGGCAGCACGACUCAUCCAGAAAAGAAGGGAAGAGAUCGCUGAGGUGGAGGUGGUCAACAACGGCAAGUCGAUCACCGAGGCGCGGCUGGACGUGGACUCUGCCCGGCUUUGUAUCGAGUACUUUGCGGGUCUCGCCACGACUAUGGCAGGGCAGCAUGUGCAGCUAGCAGGAGGAUCGUUUGCUUAUACACGCCGGGAACCGUUGGGAGUGUGCGUGGGAAUCGGAGCUUGGAAUUACCCGUUCCAGAUCGCGGCGUGGAAAUCGGCGCCGUCUCUCGCCUGCGGGAACUCGAUGGUGUUCAAGCCGUCCCCGGUGACCCCGGUGAGUGCGGUGCUGCUGGCGGAGAUCUAUGCGCAGGCUGGCGUUCCUGACGGUCUGUUUAGUGUAGUGCAGGGCGCUCAGGAGACGGGUGCUCUGCUGUGCUUACACCGUGCCGUGGCCAAGGUCUCCUUCACCGGGAGUGUGCAAACCGGCAAGAAGAUAAUGGAAAUGGCGUCCAGAGGCGUGAAGCCGGUGACCCUGGAGCUCGGUGGCAAAUCUCCACUGAUCAUCUUUGAGGAUUGUAACCUCGAGAACGCAAUCAGGGGAGCGCUUAUGGCCAACUUCCUUUCUCAGGGCCAGGUGUGCAGUAACGGGACGCGGGUGUUCGUGCACAGGCCAAUCCUAGCCCAGUUUUUGGAGGAGGUGGUGAGGAGAACCGAAGCGAUCCGGAUUGGAGAUCCCCUGCUGGAGGACACGCGUAUGGGGGCGCUGGUCAGCCGGGAGCACUUACACAAAGUGCUGGGAUAUGUGGAACAAGCUAAGACGGAGGGAGCUCGAGUGCUGUGUGGAGGAGAGCCGUUCACACCGGCCGACCCUAAACUGAAACACGGGUAUUACAUGACUCCCUGUGUACUUGACGACUGCACAGAUGACAUGACGUGUGUCCGAGAGGAAAUCUUCGGGCCUGUGAUGUCGGUGUUGACCUUCGACACUGAGGACGAAGUUCUUCACAGGGCGAACGACACCGCCAUGGGCCUGGCCGCUGGAGUUUUCACCAAAGACAUUCAGAGAGCACAUCGAGCGAUUGAGAACCUGCAGGCUGGCUCUUGUUUCAUCAACAACUACAACAUCACGCCUGUGGAGGUGCCGUUUGGAGGCUAUAAAACUUCAGGUAUAGGAAGAGAGAACGGCCAGGUGACCAUUGAGUACUACUCUCAGCUCAAGACUGUAGUGGUUGAAAUGGGAGACGUGGACAGUCUCUUUUAAAGGACAGGACAAACAGAGAAUGUACAUGAGGUCGCAUUCUGAACUAACAAGUGACUUAUCAAAGCCUAAAGGACCCACGGUUCACGACAGCGAACAUGGAAACGUCGUAGCUUUGCAUUAUUGCUGCUUGGUAAUUCACUACCUUGUAUAAGGAACGGUCAUAUAAUCAGGUAAUAGCUAAUUAUACUGUAUGACCUGUAGGCCGUUUCAAUCGCUGGACACGCAACAUUAUGUUCUGGCGCUAAAAAGACGAUUUAUGAUCAUGUUUGGAACCGAACCAUGAGUGGUGUCAGUAUUGUUGAUCUACUCGCACGAUCAUCCGGCUCAAAGGUGUUCGCUGUUCAGAUAUCUUUAAAUGAAGAUUAACAAUUAAUCAGAUUAUUGUUCUUGAUAUGUAAUGCUGUCGAUUCUACAAAGUGCCUUAUUAUGAGGAGGGAUGGAACGAUACAGGGAGGAAAAAAGUCGAAUAUUUACUGGUUUUGUUCCGAUAUCUGCUUAUUACUACUAUAAACUAUUUAUAAGACCCAUUUGUAGAAAUACAAUUUUCUGUUAUUACUCAAAUAACUAAAUUUAAUGAUAAAGAAUUUCUUUUUAAAGAUUACCCUUUUCAUACUGUUAUACCAGUGUAUCGUCAUACAUACAGCAUUUUCCUUAUGUAUGACAUCAUUAUACCAAACAUACAGAUGUUACCUUUUCCUUCUACUCAGCAGGUCCAGCCUUUCUAAUAGUAAUGAUGAUAAUAAUAAUAAUAAAAAUAAUAAUAAUAAAUUCAAAUAAGCUACAUUAUGACGAAACAAAUGGAAAAUAAUGCAAGCUGCUUGAAUAGAG